UCGUCUGAGGACGGGUCGGUGCAGCAAAACGGGAAGAGUCGCUUUGCUCCAUUCAGUAUUAUGAAUUAAAAUCUGUUUUCAGAAUUCAUUACGUAUCAUAAAACUGUGCAGUAUUAAACACGAGCUGAACUAAGCUCGUAGAAAUUAGUUCAAGAUGUCUGCGAGUGCUGUUUAUGUUUUGGACUUAAAAGGAAAGGUGCUGGUGUGCCGAAAUUACAGAGGAGAUGUGGAUAUGUCAGAGAUUGAACACUUCAUGACCCUUUUGAUGGACAAAGAGGAGGAGGGGACACUCUCCCCAAUCCUGGCCCAUGGGGGAGUCCGUUUCAUGUGGAUCAAACACAAUAACCUCUACUUGGUUGCAACAUCCAAGAAAAAUGCGAGUGUCUCGCUGGUCUUUUCCUUCUUGUACAAAAUUGUUCAGGUUUUUUCAGAAUAUUUCAAAGAGUUGGAGGAGGAGAGCAUUAGAGAUAACUUUGUCAUCAUUUAUGAGCUGAUGGACGAGCUGAUGGACUUUGGUUAUCCACAGACCACGGACAGCAAGAUUCUGCAAGAAUAUAUAACCCAGGAGGGGCACAAGCUAGACACCGGUGCCCCACGACCCCCUGCAACCGUGACCAAUGCUGUCUCCUGGAGGUCAGAGGGCAUCAAGUACAGGAAGAAUGAGGUUUUCCUGGACGUCAUUGAGUCAGUCAACCUCCUGGUCAGUGCCAAUGGUAAUGUUUUACGCAGCGAGAUCGUUGGAUCAAUUAAGAUGCGCGUCUUCCUGUCUGGAAUGCCCGAGUUGCGCCUGGGCCUUAAUGACAAGGUUCUGUUUGAAAACACAGGACGAGGAAAGAGUAAAUCAGUCGAGCUGGAGGAUGUCAAGUUUCACCAGUGUGUCCGCCUGUCUCGCUUUGAGAACGACCGCACCAUCUCCUUCAUUCCUCCCGAUGGCGAGUUUGAGCUCAUGUCGUACCGCCUCAACACUCAUGUGAAGCCCUUGAUCUGGAUUGAAUCGGUCAUUGAGAAGCACUCCCACAGUCGGAUCGAGUACAUGAUCAAGGCCAAGAGUCAGUUUAAAAGGCGUUCCACAGCCAACAACGUGGAGAUCCACAUUCCUGUGCCAACGGAUGCUGACUCACCCAAAUUCAAGACCACAGUGGGCAGCGUCAAAUGGGUCCCCGAGAACAGCGAGAUCGUCUGGUCCAUCAAGUCCUUCCCUGGUGGGAAAGAGUAUUUGAUGCGAGCCCACUUUGGUCUGCCAAGUGUAGAAGCUGAAGACAAGGAGGGGAAGCCACCAAUCAGUGUCAAGUUUGAAAUCCCGUACUUCACCACCUCGGGCAUCCAGGUUCGAUACCUGAAGAUCAUUGAAAAGAGUGGGUAUCAGGCCUUGCCGUGGGUGCGUUACAUCACCCAAAAUGGAGAUUACCAGCUCCGGACCCAGUAGGCUGCGCUUCAGCCGGCAACAGGCAGGUGGAAAUCAGAGGGGCGGAGUCUGAACUGCUAAUGCGAUAUCAAUGGCAGGUGUCACUCAUGAGACCAGAGAACGGUCACUAUCUAGUUGUUAUUAUUUUUUUUUGUUCCAUUUGUUUUAUUUCUGAUCAAUGCAAAUAUGAGGUGGAGCCUUUGGAAAGGCAGCGUUACAGAGAAAGUACUGAUGUUUUACUACUGUGUGGCUCCUCAUGUGAGCAAGGAGUAAUGUUUACAUCCAACCAAUACAGUGCAGAGUUGUACACAAUCUAUCACAGUAGGUCAAAUGGCUUGUAAGCAAAUGUUACAGUUCUCAAAGUUACGGUUAUCAGCGCCACACACUGAGUCAGUAUGUUUUUACAAGCCUUUGUUCUGCCACAUUUCUGUUGAUUAUCUGUAUAUAUUUGUUACAUAUUAAUGAACUUUGAUUCAGUGUUAUUAGUUCAGGAGUAAAGUUCCUGUGUUUUGUAUCGUCACCUCCGCGCCAUUGGAACAUGUCAGAGCGACGCCUUCAGGCUCGGCUCGUUGUGCUUUUCUUCAUCAGUUUGACUCUGUUGACAUUAAGCUGUGCUAAAAAAAAAGAAAAGAAAAGUAAAUGCUGUGACGUCAAAUUGCACAGCAAACAUAAUGGCCCCCUUUUCCAAGCCCAACACCUGUUUCCCCUUUUCCCCGUCUGUAACCACACUGUUUGAAAUCAUUAAAAUGUCUAUUUAGAGAAAACU